CGGUGACGAGACCCCGCCUUGUUCCUGCUCCUGUUCCCGCUCUCGCCCCGCUCCUGUCGCAGUCCGUUCACGGUCCCGUCCCGGGCGGAGGAUCAGCAUGUGCGAUCCGGCCGUGUCCAGUUUCCUCACCCAGACGCUGUGCGCCCAUGGCGGGCGGAUGGGGCUGCGGGAGCUGCAGGAGAACAUCGGGCUGUCGGCGCUGCAGCUGGAGAAUACGCUGUCGGCGGCGGGUCCCCGGCGGUUCCUGGUUCUGGAGGGCGGCCAGGUGGUCCUAGCCGUGACGGACGUGCGGGUCUGUGUCCGCAAGGAGUGCGACGGCUGCGAGCGGCUGCACCUCUGCAAGCUGCACCUCAUGGGCAGGUGCCACCUGGGGCCCAGCUCUUGUAAGUACUCGCAUGACAUCAUGAAUGCGGAGAACAAGAAAGUUCUAAAAAAACAUGAUUUGUCUGGCCUCAGUGAGAAUGAGCUGCAUGUCCUGCUUCUCCAAAAUGAUGCAUUCUUCCUCCCUGAUGCCUGCCAGUUAUACAACAAAAAAGGUUCUCACUGUAUGCAGCAAAACAACUGCAACAAGCUUCAUGUUUGUCAACACUUUCUCAAGGGGAAGUGUAAAUUUCCUCGAUGCAUAAAUUCCCAUAACCUCUUGGAUGACCAUGCAUUGAGAGUGUUGGAAACUGUAGGCAUUGAUGGGAAGAUAGCUUCAAACUUCCAGGCUAUAUGUGAUUACAAGCAUGUGGAAUUCAACAGGGAACAGAAGAAGGUGUAUGUACGUAACUACAGAAAUGAUAAUUGGAAAAAGCCAGCAGUCAGAAGGAUUAAAGAACUGAAGACAACUUUGGAAACAGUGCAAUGCAUGCUGGAUGGGCCACCUUCAGGAGGUCCCAGUAGCACCGAACCUGCCCAGAGCCGAGACCAGUUGCCAGCAGGAGUGGGAGACAAAGGUCCCAGUAGCACCGUACCUGCCCAGAGCCGAGACCAGUUGCCAGCAGGAGUGGGAGAUAAAGAUAAAGGUCCCAGUAGCACCGUACCUGCCCAGAGCCGAGACCAGUUGCCAGCAGGAGUGGGAGAUAAAGGUCCCAGUAGCACCGUACCUGCCCAGAGCCGAGACCAGUUGCCAGCAGGAGUGGGAGACAAAGGUCCCAGUAGCACCGAACCUGCCCAGAGCCGAGACCGGUUGACAAUAGGAGUGGGAGAUAAAGGUCCCAGUAGCACUGUACCUGCCCAGAGCCGAGACCAGUUGCCAGCAGGAGUGGGAGAUAAAGAUACAGGUAAAAAGGACAGUUCCUCUGAUGAAGCUUCAAAGGACAACAAAAAAGAUAACUGUGAUGAGAUCUGUUUGUUCUAUGUCUGGAAGUACUGCAAAAACAAGGAUAAAUGCAAAUCUGUUCAUUACCAUUUGCCAUAUAAAUGGGAGAUACAUGAUGGAUUGAACUGGAAAGAACUUUCCAUGAUGGAGGAAAUUGAAAAGGCCUAUUGUGACCCAAAGAACAGCAGCAUGCCAAGUAAGAACAUUAAUUUCCAGACAAUGACCUGCUCUUCUUCUUUGGUUCGACGCCUCUCUACACCAUCAUCAGUCACAAAACCCACAUUCCUGCUGACCACACAGUGGAUUUGGUACUGGAAGAAUAACCAAGACAAAUGGAUUGAAUAUGGAGAACAGGAAGAAGGGAACAGCACGACCUCACCAUCUUCUGCUAUUAUUGAGAAUUUGUAUCAAGCAGAUCCAUGUGCCAUUGUACCUUUCCAGGCUGGCCAACAUCAGUAUGAACUCAAUUUUAAAGAAAUGAUUCAGACAAAUACUCAUUUUAAAACUCGAAGACAGGUUUGCAGGCGACCAAAAUUUGUGUCUUCUGAAGAUGUGCAGAAGAUAAAGACAGGCAGCCAAAGGGAUUCUUCUAUUCCAAAUCAGACCUGUCCUAGUCACUGGGAUGGAUCUGCACUGCCUGACUUCGGAUACAAGGCAGUGGUGAUCAGCAACACAACCUCUGAAUACAAUGAAAUAAAGCAGCUGUUUCAUCAGACUAUGAAAAAUUACAGCAUCCUUAACAUACAGAGGAUUCAGAAUCCAUCCCUCUGGAAGGUGUUUCAGUGGCAAAAAGAGAAGAUGAAAAGAGAAAAUGGAGGAAAGGAAGUCCCGGAAAAACGCCUCUUCCACGGAGCUGACGUCACGUCCAUGGAAACGAUCUGCAGUCAGAACUUUGACUGGAGAAUUUGUGGAAGCAAUGGAACUAACUAUGGGAAGGGAAGUUACUUUUCUAGAGAUGCUUGCUAUUCCCACACCUACUGUCAGGCUACGCUGCAGGGACACUUCAUGUUCGUGGCUCGUGUUCUGGUUGGAGACUACGUGAAAGGCAACGCCGCCUUCGUCCGUCCCCCAGUGAAGUGUGCUGACAAGCUGUGGUUAUAUGACAGCUGUGUGGAUGAUGAAUUCAAUCCUGCUGUUUUUGUUGUCUUUGAAAAACACCAGAUUUACCCAGAGUACAUAAUAGAGUAUAAAGAGACAGGAAUAAGUGAGCAGAAAGAGACAGGAAUAAGACAGCAGAAAGAGACAGGAAUACGAGUGUCUAGAGAGGAGGGAAGAAAAUGUGUCAUAUCUUAGAGGAAUGUGGCAGUUUGUGUCCCUCAUCUUGUUUCUCGUAUUGCAGGUGUUCUCCUACUUGGUGACUUCUUUCUUUUUAAUACAGUUCUUGGGAAUGUUAAUCCAAUUUUUGCAUUGAGGAGGGCUGGCAAAGCAGAUGUUACAUUUGUUGUGACUGCCUUAUCUUCUCUUCCUCUCUUAAAUCAAGCACAGACAUUUUGAUAACCAUAGCAGAAAAAUCAGAAUUGUGGGAUGGGAAAUUGAAUGUUAUGACUGCUGUGGGCAAAUAAUUGUAAAUGCAUCGUCUAAAAAAAUAGAGAGGACUUCGCAAACAGUUAAAAGAAAAAUUAACAGAACAGUAGUUUUAAAGGAAACUGUCAGGUUUUUAGUAGCCAGAGACUCUUUUCAGUGCAGAAUUCAUCUGUUCUUGAUCCUCUCAUCUAUCAUUAUUAUAAACAACUCAGUGUAGGUAAUAAUUACUUGAGUUUGUUUUCAAAGCACUGCUUCUAAUGCUGGUACAUGUUUUGAGUUAAAAUGAUAAACAAAAAAAGAAAAAGCAUAUUUUAAAUCCAUGUCGUUAGUUCUCGAAAAUUUUCAUCUGUACAAUGGCAGAUGGAUCAGAAAGCUGUUGAAUCAGAUUCUUUGUGGAAAUGAGCAGUAACUUGCUGUAACCUAUACAAAAGCAGAGCUCAACUGAAACUGUAAAAGCCACGACAUGUGAGUAAGCAGAUACCAAAAUUUGGUGGUUUGGCUACAACUAAUGGCAUAAGGACACAAAGGCUGUGUCCCAACGAGCCAGGCUUUCCAGUGGGUGUGGCCACGUAGCGCAGCAGGACAGAAGAAACUUCUUAAGGAUCAUGGAGGUGUUCUGUCCUGUUUGUGCAAUAAUUUUCGUUUUUCCAGAUUAGAAUAGGACCAGAAGAGACCAGUCAGGUUCUCCUGAGGCCAGUGGUAGAACUGCUGUCCUAAGGCACUGUCUGCAUGUUCUGCUGCCCGCUUGCGUGGGGCAGGAUGCUGACAAGUGAGGAUCCUCUUUUUCUUUUGGCGGCGAUCCAGGAUCAGAAACCUCUGGAUGUUAGCAGGGAGUCUGUAAGUGGAUCAGAAUGAAGGCCCUCUGUACAAAAUGCCAUAUUCAGGCAGUUUAGCUGUUCAGAGGAAAACUGGGAGUGAGGACAGAGGAGCAGUAAUUUUUAUCUUCAGAUAAGCUUUCCAGAAAAACCAAUAGCCUCUAAGGUUUUUGCAUCUGUGAUAGAAAUCUGUCAAUCACUCAAAGAUAGCAAGUUCUUCCCAAGAAGAAUGGAAAAGAUAAAUCCAGAAAAUCUUACUAAAAUGACUUAGAACUAAAUGAAAACAUGCAAAGAAGAUUUUAACAUUUUUUAAGAUCUUUCUCUUGUUUGCCUGUAGAAUUCCUGAAUUACUGAGCUUGCUGUAUCUGCAAAUAAAACCUGUGUUUAGGCACUUUCA